UGAAGGUGCUGGUGCAGCUGAAGCAGGCGUGGGGCAUUUGGGCGGGCAACAGCAACGCCACCACGGCGUGCUAUGCAUGGACUGGCGUCACCUGCAGCCCCCAAGGGCUCGUCGUUUCCCUGAUUGCAAAGCCAGUCAACGAAGCCGAUCCUACCCCUAGUGGCUCCAUACCUGCUUCCAUCACCAGUCUCGCCACUCUGCAAAACCU